UAAGGGCCAGGAGUUGAAAGACGCGAACCAUCAUUCGCCGACGACUUUGCAUCUGCAAAGAUGGGUUUACUUAUGGUGCUGGGUUCCGUCCUCUUUAUAACUUCUAUCGCAUCAGCGUCAACACUCGACCGCCUACGGCACUACAAAAGAAGUCCUAAUCCGUGUCCACCAGGAUGCCCUUCUUCAUGUGCUCCUGCUUGUCAAGUAACAUGUUGUUCACCCGCCCCUCCACCACCACCACCACCGCCCCCACCGCCACCACCUCCGCCACCUCCACCACCUCCUGGUCCGCCAGGAAUGGACGGACCCAUGGGAAUGCAGGGACCUCCAGGACCUGACGGACCAAAAGGACCGUCAGGACCCGUCGGUCUUCCUGGCCCAGUUGGUCUACCAGGGCUUCCCGGAGCUCCAGCAGGUCCACCCGGACGUGACGGACCCAUGGGACCCCCAGGAGCUCCCGGAAACCAAGGUCCUCCCGGAGAUGCUGGACCACCCGGACCUCCUGGACUUCCUGGUGCUGCAGGACAACCGGCUCCUCCCCCCAUGCCAAGCCCUUGCCCAGCUGUGUGCACCCACACAUGCAUUCGAUCCUGUCCGCCACCAUGUUGCCGUCGCUAAGUACCUGUAGACAAGUUGCGUUUGAGCGAUCCUGUUGCUUUUAUUAGUUUAUAGCGGUUUGAGAAUGGAGUGUUCUUUUUUUUUUUCUCUAAUAAAAUGAUUUAUCAAAACAAAUAUGUUUGGUUUUUAAGCCCGAGCAGUACGAGGAUGAUGGUUGUAGAGAGACUUUAAGGAAGACUUAAGUAAUCGAAAUUUCAAUCUCUAGUGAAAGACAUGUUUGUACUAGAGAACUAAUGGUUAUUUGAGAUGCAUUUUCUUUUUUCUUCGAUACAUGUUACACUCGUAUUUAGUUGUUGUGAAUACGUCAACUCUCUGAUGAUAGAGACUGGGACUACCAUUUUACUUAGGUUACCUAAAAAAUAUAAGUAUGAGAGCGCAAACAUUGGUAUGGAAAUCACACUUGUGCCAAUGCCUCUGUUGUGUCUCUUACGAAGGUCGUUCAUGUACGUUCAGUAACACGUAUGCAGAACAUAUUCGCCAUGUAUACCUGGACAAGGAACCAAUUAAACUAUUAUUUUAAGAU